AUGAAUGCUUCAGUUUCAUGUCAGCCUGUGAAUGAUUUCCUCAUAGACAAUGAACUAAUGAUCAAUGUCAAUUUUAUUCUCCUAUUUUGUCUUCAAUUAUGCAACGUGAUUAUUGGUCAUGAUCGUUUUCUUAGUCUUAUACCAUGUGAUCAAGUUCCCGUUGAACUUCUCGAUUGUUCAAUAACGACAGACUGUGUUUAUGGUGAAGAACUUUCAAGUUCAUGUCGAACGUUGAACGGUUCAUGUUUGAACACGAACCAGAAGCCUGUUUCAUGGUUUCAACGUUCGUACAUAUGUCGAUACUGUUAUCAAGUACCAUUGGAUGAUUUAGCUUGUACACACAAUAUUGCUUGUCGUCAUCAUCAAAAUUCCAAUCGUUACAAAUCCAAUUGUACCAUUGCUGAUAAUACUCAACUUUGCUUAGGUUCACGAACGUUUUAUCGAAACAUCGAAUGUAAUUGGACGAGUGGAUAUAAGAAAUGGAAUGCCUUAUUAUUGAGUAUUUUUGUCGGUGGUCUUGGUUUCGAUCGAUUCUAUUUGGGACAUAUUAAAGAAGCGUUUGGAAAGAUAUUUUCCUUUGGUGGUCUUGGUAUUUGGACAUUGAUCGAUUCGGUACUUAUUGCUUGUGGUUAUCUAACACCAGAUGAUGGUUCAGUUUAUAUUGAAUAA